AUGCUUUGGAGUGUGGUGAACAGAUUGAGCCCUAGCCAAACUUUGGCAAUUACUGGCCUGGUUGCCCUGCUCUUACUGUGUAUUGUCGGAAUUCUCGUUAGGGAUGCUCAGAGAAAGUUUUCAGCGCUAUUCGGUCGCAUUACACCCUUUCCCGGCCCCUCGUUCUGUUUCCCAAACGGCCAAGGCACUGAAAAGUUCUUCAGCGGCCGAGACGCAGCCAAGAGAUGGAAGGCUCGUUACGGAUCCAUCUACAGUAUCUGGUCAGGGCAUAAGCGAGAAGUUGUCAUAACGAAGCCAGAACACGUUCAAGCCUUUUAUAAAGACUCUCAUACCCAUGUCAAAGCGUCCGAUAACAACUCGGGAUGGCUUUUUGGAGAGCUCCUGGGCUCUUGUGUUGGCGUCGUCAGCCAGAAGCGCUGGGUGAGAGUUCGGACACCGUUCGAACACCAUUUUACUCGUCCAGCCGCUUCGCAAAGAUGUUCACUGUUCAUUGAUGAAGCAAGAACAUUUCUACAGUCGCUGAACAAGAAAGAAGAGAGUAUCGUUCAUGUCACAGACGACCUCAAAUACUGCCCAUUCUUCAUGGUCGCCAGCAUCUUCUUCGGACCUCUGACGACCGGUCAACGCAAUGAGAUGUACAGGAUUGGACCCUUGAGAGAAGAUCUUUUCCGACAUGCUUUCAGUGGCGGUGUCAAUCGGUAUGCGUUUGCUAAAUAUCUACCAGGCUCAGCACUGCCGAAGCUUCGCGAGUUCCAGGCUUUGUGGGAAGGUUUUGUCAAGAAUGCGUAUAACGGAGCUGGAUCCAGCAGCGGAAGCGCCAUCGCGUCCCUUUGGGAAGCAGUAGAACAUGGAGACAUCUCCAAAGAAGAGCUUCUUCAGACCUUGGACGAGUCUCUAUUCGCGAACCUCGAUGUCACCGCACACGCACUCUCGUGGAGCAUCAUUAGGGUUGCUCAUCACAUAUCGCUUCAGAAUGAGAUUCGGCAAGAAAUACAAGACAACCACCGAUCAGAACAGGAAUAUGAGGACUAUCUUCGCCGAGACAAUACUCUCCUGGCUGCUUGUAUCCUGGAGGCAUCGAGGCUUCACCCAAUCUUGCCUUUUUCGAACCCAGAAGCCGCCCCGACCGAUAAAAUCGUUGGUGGUCACAAGAUCGCACAUGGUACCGAUGUCAUAGUCGAUGCAUACGCAAUCAAUGUCGAUAACCCUUACUGGGAAAAUUCUACGAAGUUCAACCCUUGUAGGCACCUCGGUCAAAAGGAUCAAGCGCGACGGUACAACAUGUGGCGGUUCGGAUUUGGCCCUCGACAGUGCUUGGGAAAGAAUGUGGCCGAUAUCAUUCUCCGCGUUAUUAUCGCUGAGAUACUACGAUGCUACCAGAUGGACGUUGUGGGCACAAGGGGGAUGGAUGAGAUUGAGCUGCAGGCGGAUAGCUGGAUCGGAUUGCCUGACUGCAAAGUGAAGUUGACUCCAUUGGCAGCGACACCUACGAGUAGUGAUUAG